AUGACUAUGCGAGGAACAGUGGCAGCGUGUAUGGUGGUGGUGUGUGUUGUGGCCCUGUUGGCAGAACAGGCUGAGGGACAUUUCACUUUCUUCAGUCCUAAAGAGAUGAGGGUGAUGAAGGAGAGAGAAGGGAAGAAGGACGUGGAGCCGCGCUCUGAGGACGGCAUGUUUGAGGAGACGUCAGUUUCUCCAAUACCAGAAGAAGACAGAAGUGCCUCCCCGGGGCAAACUGUGGAGAUAGGGGUCAAAUUAACCGCCAAACAGUUGGAGCAUGUGGGCCCUGUCUUGGGAGACAUGCUACAGAAGGUUCUGAAUGAAGCGGAAAAAGGUGAGGAAGAGACACAGGGCCAAGAUUUUGUAUUUGCGUAA